AUGGCCACUAUCGCCGGCAUAACAGGCAAUCAGUUCAUAAAAGGGACACAAGCAUAUCAGAAUAACAAGUACCAAUAUGCGUCAUCCAGCCACGAAGUAGAUCACAACAUGAAUCCAGGGCUGAUAAUUCAACCCCAAAACAAAAACGACAUUGUGCUUGCCCUAAAGUACGCCAAAUCCCAGAAAAUUGCCGUGGCGAUCAGAACCGGAGGCCACCAAUACAGUGGUGCUUCAUCUACGUCCACCCCCAACAUCCAGCUGGACCUCAAAAAGACUUUCAGAGGUCCCAACGACCAAACUAUCUUCGAGAAGGACGGGAGAACCUUUGUUCGUACAAGCGUCAGCUGGAGUCUGGGGGCACUCAAUGCAUAUCUCACGAAGCACAAGCUAUUCGUGCCCCACGGACAGUGCACCCACGUCCACCUCGGGGGCCACGUUCAGACGGGUGGAUAUGGGCAGUUGGGCCGCAGCUUUGGCCUGUUCGGAGACCACGUUCUCUCGCUCGAGAUAGUGGAUCACGAGGGGAACUUCAAAGAAGUUACCAGGGCCACUAAAUCCGAGCUGUUUUACGCGAUUCUUGGAGGGAGUCCUGGAAACUUCGGUGUGCUGACGCAUUUCACGCUCGAGGUCCACCGCGAUAGCGACUACAAAGGCUCCCGAGGCCUGAAGGCGCUAUACUGGUACGACCCUAAGACGUUGAAGCGUCUGGUCGACAUUCUGGUUGAGAUGUCAGACAACGAAAACUUUCCACGCAAUUACGACCUCUGUAUCAGCGUCCUGAGCUCGUCAUUCAAACUCCUGGACUUGUGGCCCGAGUUGGACGGCCAGAUGAGAAGGGAACAUCCGGAGAUUUACGGAGAAGAUGGCAUGCCAUUCUGGCCCCGGACGAUCAUCGUGUAUGCGCAGUGGGUUCCGUUCGAAAAGAACGACGUCUGCGACAUGGCCUGGUUCGAUCGGCUCAGUAAGGGUUCCAUCUUCGACCAAGGGGUGCAAGAGAAGCCCAUGUCGAAGCUGACGGGGGACUGGAUCUUCCGGAAUGUGCGCGAAUUCGAUCACCCGUACGUCAAGCGCACUUACCUGACCAAGUCGACCACGCUCGGCAAGGACGGCUGGGCCAGCUGGGUCACCAAACGCAUCGACGCCAUCGUCAAGCCUGAGGCCAAUCGUUGCUGGCUGUCCGCCCAAUUGCAGUGUUUCGGCGGCAAACACUCGAAAUUCGUCACCAACGCCGACAACGGCACCUCCUACAGCUGGCGGGACUCGACCCUUGCGUGCAUCCUCGACGCCUUCCACUCGUCUUCCGCCAAGGACCGAGCUGAAGACUGGCAAAAGGUCAAUGACAGCGAAGGGAUUGGUCCCAACGGCAUCUUUAGCAAGCAGGACCGCCGUGUCCUCUGGGGUUCGUACGGUAGUUUCGAUCUGGAUGCGAGCUGGAGGUACUAUUAUGAAGACUUGGCCAAGUACGAGAGGCUACAGAAGGCAAGGCAGGCGGCUGAUCCGGAUGGUAUCUUCACUCCCAACUCCUUCUGCAAGCGCUGCAGUCACACCUUCGGGGAAAGCGAUAACAAAGGCCUCGGCAAUGCAAGUCUCCAGUCUACUGAUCCACUACCGCAACAUACAGCGGAACCGUUUGAGGCUCGUUCCAACUCUCAGUCCAAUGUCCCUUCUGAAGACGAAACAGAGUGCCCGGGUGAUGCUGGAAAGGAGGCGACCCCCACUGCUCGCCCGAAUCUAGCGAAGCCGCCGCGGUUCAUCGGGUACCUGAGCCCGGAGGCUAUACUAAGGGGUCCGCUACGCGGGCAAAGGGCGGGUCAGGGACCCUACCAGAAUCAAUGUGGCUUCUGGGUUCGACCACCUGAUGAAGCCGAAGAAGCGGCCCAGCCGGGAAUCCGUCCAGGAGAAGACCAUUCAACUCCUGGCUCUGCGUCUCCGUUUGCGGAGAAAGCGCUUCAAGUUUACCUUCAUGCGGUAGGUAUCGACAUGCUGCCUCCACGGCCACAUCAAGACAUUCUUCUUGAUAUCUACUUCUCCUAUAUCCAGCCCUUCCUGCCUAUUCUGGAUGAGAAGUCGUUCCGUAACCGCUGUUUCGAACAGAACGAGCCCACAGUCUUGAUCCAAGCGAUGUGUAUCGUCGCGUCCAAGCAUGACAAGGCUCGUUCUCACCUUUUCUUGUCGGAAGACCAGAGUCUCCUGAAACCCCGUGAAUUCGGCCAUAGACUGUAUACCUCAGUUACCGCUGCCAUUGCAGCCAGACUAGAGACAGACAGAGUUGUCCUCAUGCAAGUUCUAGCCCUGUUGUCACUGCAUUGCGAGGGAUUCGACGGAGCUGAACAGGCGUCGAUGCAUUUAGCCCAGGCCAUACAUCACGCGCACACUUUCGGUCUCCAGUUCGGGAAGAAAAGGAAACAAGCCCAGGACGAGCCUCUCGAAAGAUUGUUUUGGUGCCUGUGGAGUCUGGACAAGCUAAACGCCAGUAUCAAUGGAAGACCACUCAUCAUGCACGAUCGUGAUAAUGGGCUAGAGAAUCCCAAUGUCGCGGCAGAUCAUCGUCGAACACCAUUCGGUAUCUGGCUCCAAUUAUCGGAACUUCUUGACAAGGUCAUUGUUCUCUACAGACCGGGUGUCGACACGUCUGUUACUGGAUGGGAGGCCGGCUUUCCCGGCCUCGAGGAGAUCGUCGGCGAUGGCGCUGAGAAUCUCGAUGGUCCAACCAUAGCUGCUCUUGAACUCUUCUACCAUGCCGUAGCCAUGGCGUCGUGCAACUAUAGAUCUAUCCACGAUCCAGUACGAUCGACUCCAUCGUAUAUUCGUCAAAGCCUCUCAGCAGUGAGAGUCAUCUCAAUCCUGAGCAGCGAGUCGCCCGAAAAUCUGCCACCAUUACCGAUCAUACUGUACGCGCUGUCAUUAGCGAUGUCUGUGGCGUAUCGUCAGUUCCGUCAAAGCAAGCUACAGGUUCACAAGAACAGAGCUAAAGAAGACUUAAAGACAUGUUGUGUACUACUGAACAGACUCCGCACCGCAUGGUGGUCCGCUGGUGCCAUGGCAGAUCUAGGCACCGCAGCCUUGGCAAAGGCAGACAAUGCAUCUCGGGCGAAGAGUAACAAGCGGACAUCAGCGCCUCCGUUCACUCACCAACCUGGCAUCAAUCCGAGCCUUGGUGGCAACGAAGUAGCCUCCGGUGCGGAAAACCUCUUGCCCCCGUCUAGUGAUCAACGGCACCAGGCAUUUCAAACUUCAAGAGAUUUUGCCGGCCUCAACGUGGAUCAGAUGCCGGCAAUACCAGGUCAGCAUCCCAUCAGCAGUACUAGAGCUGAGCUGUCGCCUCUUGGAAGCUUUGACUUCACCGAGUCACCCGACUGGCUGAACUUCGACAACGCUUUCGAAAACUUUGACACUCUUCUUGGCAGCUCUGGUGCUGAUCUGUCGAGUGAGCUUCUGAAGCCCUUCAAUUAUGGAGAUUUUGAUUUCCUCGAUCCACUAGCGUGA